AUGCGGCCCAGAGGCAACAUCGUCCCCAGGCGCAUAGGCCACCCGCCAGUGACAGCAGCGCCAAGCUUCAUCUGCUCAAACUGCAGGUUCGCAGCAGCAGCCACCGUCGCGCGGCCCCGACGAGCCCGGCCAUUCUCAUCAACUUCCCCAGCCCGAUCGUCGCUGCCACCACCGCCACCGCCAUCGGGGCUGGUCGCCCUCUCAUCCAGGCGCCUCAUCUCCGUCUCGGGCCCGGACAGCCCCAAGUUCCUGCAGGGCGCCAUCACACAGAACAUCCUCCCGCCCGCCGUCAGUAAUGGGAACAUCAGCAGCAGCAACCCCUCCGGCGCCGGCUCAUACGCCGCCUUCCUGAACGCCACGGGCCGCGUGCUGCACGAUGUCUUCGUCUACCCGGACGCCCGAGGCAGCCCGGGGGAGAGCUUCCUGAUCGAGGUCGACGCGGCUGAGGCGCCCAGGCUCGAGCGCCACAUCAAGCGCUACAAGCUGCGCGCCAAGUUCGCCGUGCGCCUGCUCGACCCGGGCGAGGUCACGAUCUGGCACGGCUGGGACGACAGCGGCAGCGACAGCACGGCGCUGGAAGCCGGCACGGGUCUCGAGGCCCCCCACCAGCUCGUGCACCUGAGGGACCCGAGGGCGCCCGGGCUGGGGUACCGGAUGCUCACGGAGGGGGAGCGGGAGCCGGCGGUGGGUCUGGAGAGGGCCGCCGACGAGGACGUCUACCGCGUGAGGAGGUACCUCAUGGGCGUGCCCGAGGGCCAGUCGGAGCUGAUCCGCGAGAAUGCGCUCCCGCUCGAGGGCAACCUGGACGUCAUGGGCGGCAUCGACUUCCGCAAGGGCUGCUACGUGGGCCAGGAGCUGACCAUCCGCACUAAACACCGCGGCGUCGUGCGCAAGCGGGUCCUGCCGGCCAUGAUCUACGGCGCGGACGGCGCGGAGCAGCCGCGGCAGCUGGAUUACCUCCCCGGGGCCCACCCAGGCGGCGCCGUGCAGUCGGCGGGCUCCAUACCCGCGGACACGAGCAUCGGGAGGUUUGAAAAGAAGGGCCGCAGCGCCGGCAAGUGGCUGCGGGGCGUGGGCAACGUCGGCCUGGCGCUGUGCCGGCUGGAGAUCAUGACGGACGUGGUGCUCCCCGGGGAGACGGCUGCGAGCUCAUAUACCCCUGCAGACGAGUUUAUUAUGGAGAGGGAGGCGGGCGAGAACGGGGAGGAGCCUUUCAAGGUCAAGAUAAAGGCUUUCGUUCCCGAGUGGCUGAGGCAGGGGCUGGAUGAACAGCAGAAGCAAUGA